AUGAGCACCGAUAGAAUCAAGGUCCCGCCCAAUGGGGUCGAGUUCAAGACCAUCUUGUCGCCAAUUACCCCUACGAUACCCACCACACCCUUCCUGACCAGCUUUACGCCGUUGGUGACGGUCGUUGGCUUCCAUCAUGCGCGGGGCCCCGAGGUUGAAAGCUGGUUUGGAGCCGAAGAAGGCGUUGAUCCGGCCGUCAAGUAUGGAUGGACUCUGCUGCCGUUCAUGGCGCUGAGCGACGGAGCGCAUGCCUCGGAAGAAGACUUUUCCUAUUUCACGUUGCUACGACCCGAGACGGAGCAUGAGCCGGCGACAUCGCUCUUUGGUAUAUCAUGCACUCGCCAGCUCGAUUCGUCGCAGCUUAUCAACCGGCCUGCCGAUGUAACUCGUUCAACCGUCCAGAAGGCGGUUGUCGUCAUCGCCGACAGUCCCCAGUUCUUUGGCAUGCUGAGACAACGCCUGAGCGUAGUCACACAGGCAUGGUUUGCGCAGCGCGAGUUUACAGAUGUCGAAAUCUUGCACAGAUUUCAGGAAAGCCUCGCGGAUGAAAAAUCCCGGGGUAUCUUGCAAGAGGAGGCGCAGCGAGAUCAGUACCUGGGUAUGAGUCUGCGCGAGCUGAUCCACGAAUUCAAAUGGCAGGCUUUGGUGUUGCUCAAAUGCUGCCUUCUUCAGCCCAAAAUGCUUUUCUUCGGAUCGAGGUGUGAUCGGUUAUGCAUGGUCCAAUUCUCUCUUAUUUCGUUGAUACCCGGACUCAUUCGAAACCUUCAAGAUUGCGCGGAUCCUGAAUUAAACAACCACGAAAAGAAGCUGGCGCAGGCAACGAGUCUGCAAAGCAGUAAUCGCAAUUCACUCCUCACGUUCAUGGGACUGCCAUUACAGAUAUUUGGUAAAGGAAGCAUGUUUGGCCCAUAUACCCCAUUACAGCAGCUCGAUCUGCUGGCCGACGUCGGCACCAAAUCAUACCUCGUUGGAAGCACCAACUCGCUUCUUCUGCAACAAAAGGACCGCUAUAGCGAUAUCAUCAUAAAUCUCGAUGACAACACCAUUAAUAUUACAUCACCUUCUUUGAAAACGGCACUGGCGUUGACGGCGGCGGACAGGAGAUGGAUCGACAACUUAACCCACGCAGUCAAUGACACUUGGGACGAGUCCAACCCAAGCACACCAAAGACGAUGCAAUAUGCCGGAAGCGAAGAAUACAUCAGAGCCCAGUUUGAAGCCUACAUCAUUGGACUUAUAUCCUCAGUCAAGUUCCACAACUAUCUCACCACAAACGCCGCUGCCCUUCGCAACACAGCAGAAAGCGAUCCCGCCGUUGACUUUGGCAUUGACUGGGUGGACGCGUGGGCACGCACAGAAAACUAUCGCAUGUGGGACGCUCACACCGAUACAAAUCUCUUUUCUGUCUCUGAGCCGAGGCACCCCUGUGCCGGUGGCCUUACUAUCGAAGAUGUUCAGAGGCGCAUAGCGGAACAAGUAAAAGAUCUUCAUCUAGACGAACGCCUCGCUCAAGGUCGUGACAUUCUGGGACGAAACUUUGCUGCUGGUCGAGAGAAGGCGUCAACGAUGCUAAAUCGGUUGUACAACGACAUGGAGCAGAUGCGUGAGGCCCAGCGCCGCCGCGCAGAAGAAGCUGCCAAAGCCAAUGGAGCUAAUGGCAACGGAAACAGCAAUGGCAAUGGCAAUAGCAACGGCAACGGCAACGGCAACGGCAACGGCAACGGCAACGUAGACGCCGCCAGGGCGCCAGACACACCGACUGUCAGCAGCAGAGCCAGCGCUUACAUGGCAAGCUGGACCUCCUGGGCCGGCGAGAAGCGCAAAAACAGCGGAUGGGGAGCAAGCUGGGGCAAAAAGAAGGCCGGUGAUCAAACAGCUUCGAUGCCCACGAGCCCCAUUGAGAAGGACUACCAGUUUGUCAACAUGAUGGGCUCGCGAGGCAAUUCAACAGAAGCCUACAGGCCAAUGACGCAGGGGAGUUUCAGCGAGAGCAUCCUCUCCGCCGCAGACAGCGACCGGCCUGGUACGGGUUCCUCAGGCGCCGAUGCGUCAGCCCCUCUGACACAGUAUCCCAGGGAAUUUGACGAUGGCUUCCACGAAGAGUCGGUGGUUGGCAAUGGCGGAGCAAAACUCAGGGAUUAG